AUGGCUCCCGUGACGGAGGUGGCUUUCCUCCCCCUUCGGCCAGGCGUCGACAUCAACGACACCUCCACGUCUGAAGGUAAAGUCAUGGCAAACAUGGUCGAGGUCGGCAAGCACGCGCCCGGUGUCCAGAAGAACUAUUGGGGCAUAGAGGAGGAGAAUUCCGCGCACGUUCACUUAAUGCUAGAUUGGGACUCUCUCGAAGCCCACAAAGCCUACCAAGCGCGCCCAGAGUACCCUGAGUUCCUGGCGGCCGCGCGGUCGAUGGUGAACCCUGAGUCCACGUCGGAGGCGUUCCACGUAUCGUUUACUCCCCAUCCACCGACCCCGGCUCUGCAGGCACCCGUCACAGAGAUCCUGCGCGCCUAUUACCCCGUCGACCAGGUGAGCACGGAGGGCGUGGCAUUCGAGGCCGACCUACUCAGAUUAUUGGACGCCCUACGCGCACACGGCGUGCCCGGCUUCUCGGGCGAAAUCUCCUCGGGCUGGUCGCUCGAAGAGGUCGAUUACGAGAGUACCCCGAGUAAGGUCUUUGUGGCGUAUAUUGGCUGGGAUAGUGUGCAAGCGCACGUCGAUGCGACCAAGUCGGAGAUCUACCAGGCAAACCGGUUGAAUCGCUUGCCCAAGGCUAUCAAGGUCGCGCACGUCAAGGUCAAGUCGCCAUAG